CCUUGGAGAGCUGAAGGGGUCCGGAGGUCCUGUGACGGUGUUCUGGGCCGGAGAUCUAAACAAUCUAAACAUUAAACAGUACAGCUGCCUCAAAUCCCUGGGAAUUUCAAAAUGACUGACACUUCUGAAGCUGUUCCAAAUUUUGAAGAGAUGUUUGCCAGUAGAUUCACAGAAGAUGACAAAGAGUACCAGGAAUACCUGAAACGCCCUCCUGAGUCCCCUCCAAUUGUUGAGGAAUGGAAUAGCAGAGCUGGUGGGAACCACAGAAAUAGAGGCAAUUGGUUGCAAGAUAACAGACAGUUUAGGGGUAGGGAUAGCAGACGGGGGUGGCCAAGUGACAAUCGAUCCAAUCAGUGGCAUGGACGGUCCUGGGGUAACAAUUACCCGCAGCACAGACAAGAAUCUUACUACCCCCAUCAAUAUGGACACUAUGGUUACAACCAACGGCCUCCCUAUGGCUACUACUGAUAGAAAUGUCAGCAGCUUUUAGUAAAACCAUGUACUCUGUUAACAUGACAAAAGUUUAUGUUGUAUUUUCUGUUGGUCAUAGUUUUACAUCUGAUUGUAGAGAGUGGAUUGAUUUUU